AUGGCGUGGGAGCUCUUUCACCGACUGAGCAAGACGUCGAUCGACUUUUACCUCAAGACCCGUGCUGAACAAGGCUACAAUGUCAUCCAAGUCGCUGUUACCGGCUGUGUGAAUGGCACGGCACGCACUAACUUUUACAACGAGAUGCCAUUUACGAACGAAAACCCAGCUACUCCAAAUGAGACUUUCUUUGAAUUGGUGGACUGGACUGUGGAUUUGGCUGCUAGCUACGGCAUUCUCAUCGCUCUUGUGCCGACCUGGGGCAUGUACGUCAAUGGACAGCAAAGUGCCCAUCUUUAA